AUGUCGCACACAUUGAAGGGUUCUCAAGUCUCCACGAUCGACGACGUCUCUCUCCACGUUUUUCUUACACCUACGAAAAGGAUCAACGAUGGUGAAGAUCUCAACCUUUUCCUGGCAUCUGAGGCAUACCGGGAUAUCACCGCCUGGAUACUCACGCUCAAUCGAGCGUCGUUUCCAAAAUUGACGGACACUGGAGAGAUACAGCGGCUCCGGCUUGAUGAUGGGUCUAUGGUACUCUCAGAUGGGACCCAAAACGUGAAAAGUAUCCUCGUCAAGUUAGAUGGCAUGAUCAGUCAUGCUCCACCUAGUACAGGACCUCGAAGAUUUGGGAAUGUUGCUUUCCGGGCCUGGUAUUCUCUUAUGGAGGAGAGCGCGGACGAGCUCUUGCAAUCGCUCUUCUCACCUGAUGACAUUCUGCGGCGGAAUGGGCUGUGCGAUGAAUUAAAGCCCUACCUCCUCGGGGCCUUUGGAAGUGCUCCUCGCUUGGACUACGGGACAGGUCACGAACUUAGUUUUCUGGCACUACUCUGUUGCUUGUGGAAGAUAGGGACGCUCCGAAGUGGCGAGGAGCGAGCCAUUGUGGUGGGAAUUAUCCAGCCAUACCUCGCACUCGUGAGACGUCUGAUUCUCACUUACACUCUCGAACCAGCCGGAUCCCACGGCGUAUGGGGGCUCGAUGACCAUAGUUUUAUACCGUACAUACUGGGUUCCGCGCAGUUCGGUCCUGCGAUCGAUCUGAAGGUCCCAGUUGGCGCGACUCCCGUUGAGGGUUCGCUGCGAGGUAGCCCUUCUCCGUCAGUUGUGACGAACGCAGCUACCGUGAAGGACCUCCAGGACUCCAACCUAUACUUCGCUGCCGUGCAAUUCAUCUACGAUGUCAAGAAAGGUCCUUUCUGGGAGCAUUCACCCGUGCUCUACGAUAUCAGUGGGAUCAAGGACGGCUGGGCGAAGAUCAACAAGGGCAUGCUGAAAAUGUAUGCUGCCGAGGUAUUGGGCAAGUUCCCUGUCGUCCAACAUUUCCCCUUUGGUAGCCUGCUGAGCUGGGAGAGAUGUUCGGGCUUGGAGCCGCAACCGGCAAGUUUUCACGGCCAACAAGUGCCCACCCAAGCGCCAGGCAAGAAUGCAAGUGCGGCUGCGUCGACCGGGACUAGAGCUCCAUGGGCAAGCGGGAGAAGUGUGCUAAGUAACCUUGAAACACAACGAUUCCGGCAUCCAUCAUCUUACUGUACAUAUCCCAUCACCAGCAAGCGUGGAAGGUGGGCCAGGCCGAGAUUGGAUCAAAGAGUCACGCCGGCGAGCAGUGAUCAAGUGUCCUUCGCGUCUCCUCCUCUCUGA